AUGGCGCCGUUGCCCCAGAUCCCGCCGUCGUUCUCCCCGGUUCAGCCGGAUCCGAUGUUUCGGUGGAAUGGUGUGGAUGGGAGCAGCUUUGGCGACUCCGGAACCGCCGGCAUGAACUCCUUCGCGCUGCUACCAACAGCGAGCCCCUACGGUCAGACAAUCCCGGCGUCGACAAACGUCCUCGCACGGCGGCAAAACAGCCGGGCCUUGGUUCCUACAGCUCCCAGGACCCCAUUCGAGCGCGGCUCCGACGGCUGGAAUGGGUACGGCGAGGACCCGGCCUACCUACAACAAGCGAAUCCUGGCGCGGAGGAACACGACAACGUCGAGCGGCUCGAGGAGAUGGCUCAGAGGGCGAAGAGGGAAGCGCAGGCAAAAAGGAAACAGAUACCGCCCUUUGUUCAGAAGCUUAGCAGCUUCUUGGACGAAUCGAGGAAUACUGAAUUGAUUCGCUGGUCUGACAAGGGGGAUUCGUUUGUCGUCCUUGACGAGGACGAGUUUGCCAAGACACUCAUCCCCGAGCUCUUCAAACACAAUAACUACGCCUCAUUUGUGCGCCAGCUGAACAUGUAUGGCUUCCACAAGCGCGUGGGGCUUUCCGAUAACUCCAUGAAGGCCAGCGAGAGAAAGAACAAGAGCCCGAGUGAAUACUACAAUCCGUACUUUCGCCGCGGUCAUCCUAACCUGCUGUGGCUGAUCAACAAACCAAAGAGCGGCAACAGCAAGAAAAAGGGGAAGAAGGACGAAGUCGAUGUUGAGAGCGAGGAGGAAGGGGUGGAGGAAACCUUCAACACACCGAACCUAGCGGCCCCCCAGGCCGCCAGAGCGUCUGUCUCCUCCCACGAGCUCGGCCCUCUGCAACGGAAGGAUUUGUUGCAGGUCAAGUCCCAGAUCGAGAGGAUCCAGCAGCAGCAGGUUGCUAUCUCCAGCAUGCUAAACAAGAUGCGUCAGGACCAGAGCCAGCUCUACCAGCAGGCCCUCCUCUUCCAGAACAUGCACGAGCGCCACGAGAACUCGAUCAACGCCAUACUCAACUUCCUAGCCAACGUGUUUAGAAAGUCGUUGGAAGAGCAGGGUGGGGCGCAGACGGUCCAAGACCUUCUGGCGAGCAUCAUACCGAACGGCCAAGGACACCCUCAGACCCAAAUUUCCCCGACCAGCGGCGUUGUUGACCUCGGAGGAUUCGUCAACCAGCGGGCUCAGAACGUCACCACGGCAGGCACUCCGAAGCGACAACCGCGUCUGCUACCCCCGAUUCCCCAACAUCAAACAAGCAAGCCGGCCACACUAUCAACCACCUCUGCGGCUCCACCAGGAUCACACACUUCACAUCAGGCCCCCCAGAUGGGGACGGUCACCGAACUCUUCGACACCUCUCCUGCAGACACGACCUCCCCGUCUUACAUUAAGAACGAGCUGCGGAGCAAUCCUCAGGAGGGUAUGAUGAAGAUCAUCCAAGACACGAAUGCCGUCAACAACACCUCUGGAUUCGACCUCCCCGACGUCGCCGCCAAGACCCCCGCAAGCAUGAGCGACGACCAACGGGCACAGAUGCUCAACAUCAUGGCCGGCAGCAACCCAAUUCCCUCAACAGCAACAGCGACAGUAAACGGCAUCCCUGCCGUCAGCCCGACCGCGUCCGUACCGCCGCCAACAACCUCACCCGUCCCCCCGGAUGGUCUGCCCCUCCCCCCGAACCUCUCUUCCCUACAGAUGCCGUCACUGCACGAGAUUCAGAGCACCCAGGCCGAGCUCGACGCCCUACAGCGCCUACAGACCGAGCAGGCGGACCAGAUCGACGCGCUCACCCACCUGCUCGGCCCGCUCAGCCCGGCGGGUCGCAUCCCCGGCAUCGACGAAAAUGGAAACCCCAACACGAGCUACUUUGACAGCGUCGUCGACUACGACCAGUUCCUCCACAACAGCGCCUUCUCCGAUCCCGCGUUCGACGCCGGGGGGUUGGACGGGAUGGAUAUGCCGGGCGCGGCGGACGGAACGGACUUCAACUUCAGCUUGGAUGGGGGCUCGGUCGGCGAUUAUCUUUCUGCCAACGCGGGCGUGGCCGGAGUUGCGGGCGGUGGGAGCGGCGGCGGUGGCGGCGGCGGUGGUGCUGGUCAGGUUGGGGACAGUUCUGGCGCGGGGUUCCAGCCGGGGCGGGUCUUUGAGGCGACGUCGGCGAACAAUACCCCCAGCCCGGCCGGUACCGAGGAGAUUACCAGGCCGGACCUUGACAGCCCGGAGCGGGGCACCAAGCGACGGAGGAAGGAUUAG